AUGGAUGAAGGCACCUUUCCACAGACGGAGGUGACUCAGUGGAAGGGGCAGGAGAUGGAAGAGCAGGACCCAGAAGGAGCUGGGACUGGCAAGAGAGCAAGCAAAGGGCCCCUUCCCCUCCAAGCUGAGAGUGGUGCUGAAUUCUGGGAAACAGAGAUUAUAGCUAAGGACACCGUGACCUCAGAUGUGCAUUGCCAGCGCUUCCGGCAAUUUGGCUACCAUGAGGCCGAUGGGCCCCGAGAGGUUUGCAGCCAGCUCCAUGGACUUUGCAGCCAGUGGCUGGAGCCGGAGAGGCACACCAAGAAGCAGAUCGUGGACCUGGUGAUCCUGGAGCAGUUCCUGACUCUCCUGCCCCAGGAAAUGCAGGGCUGGGUCAGAGGAUGUGGGCCGGAGACCAGUUCCCAGGCGGUGGCCCUGGCCGAAGGUUUCCUCCUGAGCCAGGCAGAGGAGAAGAGGCAGGCAGGACAGGUGAGGGAAUUCCCUCCAGGUGUCUCCAAUUCAGGCAACGAUCUGGCCUUCUCCUACACUGUCCCUGAGAGAUAUUUCUCCAAGCAUUAA